CUUGCCCAAACCAGGGCCUGACAGAGGCUCUUGAGGAGGGAGGGUUGUUAUAGGUAUCACAGACUGCGGGUCCCUCCUCCUCCCCCAAACUGCCCCUCCCCUUGGUUUUAGAGCCAGAGGAGCCCUGGUGACUAUCUCCUCAUCCAACCCCGUGGUACACUUGCCAGAGACAUGCCAUGGGGUGGCGACAGAAUGGAGCUGGCACCCAGGGAUCCCUGGGGUGCUGGUGUGUGUCCUUUCAGGAGGUGGUGACGUUUGGCGAUGUGGCUGUGCACUUCUCUCGGGAGGAGUGGCAGUGUCUGGACCCUGGCCAGAGGGCUCUCUACAGGGAAGUGAUGCUGGAGAACCACAGCAGUGUGGCUGGACUAGCAGGAUUCCUGGUCUUCAAGCCUGAGCUGAUCUCCCGGCUGGAGCAGGGACAGGAGCCGUGGGUCCUCGACCUGCAGGGAGUGGAGGGGACAGAGGCACCAAGGACCUCUCAGACAGAUUAUAUAAUUAGGACUGGCAGUGAACAGGCCUGUGAGGACAUGGACAUGCUAAAAUCAGAAUCCCUUGGGAAGAUGGUCAGAAUCCACCCCCAGGAUUUUCCUCAGAGUCCUGGCUCUGAAGACAUUUCUGAUGCUGAGUUCUGGUCAGAGAGUCAUCUGAGCAGUCCUGGGGUGAGAGUGAUGGGCUCUGUCUUCCAGAAAAACUGUUUGAAUGAGCAGACUGUGGCUCACAAGACCCUCACCAAGGACAGUGUCCAGGGACAUAAGGAGCUGGGGGGCAGUGGCCUGGAUUGCCAGUCUGAAAAAAGUCAGAGAGAGAGUACAGAAGGGACUCUCCAGAGAUGCGAGGUUUGUGGCAGAAGUUUCAAGUCCACUUCAGACGUCACUCUGCAUUGGGAAAUUAAUAUGCAGAAGAAACCUAACAGAUGUUACGAAUGCCAAAAAAAAUUACCUGACUGCUUGAAUCCAAGUAACUACCGUGGAGAAAAGCCGUAUGAAUGUAUGGAGUGUGGGAAAGUCUUCAGGCUAUGCUCACAGCUUAAUCAGCAUCAGAGAAUCCACACUGGAGAGAAGCCAUUUAAAUGCAUUGAGUGUGGAAAAGCCUUCCGCCUGAGCUCAAAACUUAUUCAGCAUCAAAGAAUUCAUACUGGAGAGAAGCCAUACAGAUGUGAGGAGUGUGGGAAAGCCUUUGGUCAGAGCUCAAGCCUCAUCCACCAUCAGAGAAUCCAUACAGGAGAGAGGCCCUAUGGUUGUCUUGAGUGUGGGAAAGCUUUCAGUCAGCAGUCACAGCUGGUCAGACACCAGAGAACUCACACUGGAGAGAGGCCCUACUCGUGCAAGGAGUGUGGGAAGGCCUUCAGCCAGAGUUCAACUCUCGCUCAGCAUCAGAGGAUGCAUGCUGGGGAGAAGUCUCAAAUCCCCCGAGCCUCAGAUAGCUCAAGCCUUGUUGCACAUCAGAGAAUUCAUGCUGUAGAGAAACCGUUUAAAUGUGAUGAGUGUGGGAAAGCUUUUAGGUGGAUCUCUCGUCUUAGUCAGCAUCAGCUGAUUCACACUGGGGAGAAACCUUAUAAAUGCAACAAGUGUACAAAAGCCUUUGGGUGUAGCUCGCGGCUUAUUCGCCAUCAGAGAACUCACACUGGAGAAAAACCAUUUAAAUGUGAUGAGUGUGGAAAAGGCUUUGUUCAGGGCUCACACCUUAUUCAGCAUCAGCGAAUCCAUACUGGAGAGAAACCUUAUGUGUGUAAUGACUGUGGAAAAGCCUUCAGCCAGAGCUCCAGCCUUAUUUACCAUCAGAGAAUUCAUAAGGGAGAGAAGCCCUAUGAAUGCCUCCAGUGUGGAAAAGCCUUCAGUAUGAGCACACAACUUACAAUACACCAAAGGGUGCACACUGGAGAGAGGCCCUACAAAUGUAACGAAUGUGGGAAAGCCUUCAGCCAAAACUCCACCCUUUUCCAACACCAGAUAAUUCAUGCAGGUGUGAAGCCCUAUGAGUGUAGUGAAUGUGGAAAAGCCUUCAGUCGGAGCUCGUAUCUUAUUGAACACCAGCGUAUACACACUAGAGCCCAGUGGUAUUACGAAUAUGGAAAUACUCUGGAAGGUUCCAACUUUGUGAGCCGGAAAAAAGUUAAUACUAUAAAGAAACUGCAUCAAUGUGAUGACUGUGACAAAAUAUUCAGGUGGCGCUCACAUCUAAUUAUACAUCAGAGAAUUCACACCGGAGAGAAGCCUUAUAAAUGUAAUGACUGUGGCAAAGCUUUUAAUCGGAGCUCAAGGCUUACUCAGCAUCAGAAAAUCCACAUGGGAUAGACCAUUUACCUGUAUAAAUGUGAAUAAACCUAUAGCCUUAACUUA